CAAACGUGUCAGUUACGAGUCACCACCUUCCACAGCAUUCAACAUCAGACUUUUUUCAUUGACGAAUCAUUCAAUUUUGGAGCUUUCACUCUGCUGCUUCUUUCCAUUCUGUGCCUCUUCAUUGGUUGGCAAUGCGUCUCUGCUCCGUAGAUGGAACCCAUGAUCAGAUUCGGUCCAGAUAUCAGAAAUGAGAACGCUGAAGGUAAUGUCUUGGAAGUGGAAGAUUUUAGCCAGUGCAUUGAUGAGUUAUCCUCAAAAGUUAAUGAGCUUGAGCAAGGAGUCAAUGUAGUUGAACAAUUCUAUAACAAGCAACCAAACAGUGCUAAAUGUAGAUCCCUUGUGAAGGAUAAAGUGAGGGAAAAAUAUUUGGCUAACAUUGAGAAGCAACAGAGACAUGUAUCACAGAGGCAAGCAGUUGCUGAAAAGAGAAUGCAAGAACUCAUGCGCCAGUUUGCUGGAAUAUUUAACCAGAUCACUCAGCACAAGUGGGCAUGGCCUUUCAUGCAACCAGUGGAUGUUGAACGUUUUGGUUUGGAUGACUAUUAUAAGGUUAUUGAAAAGCCAAUGGAUCUAGGUACGAUAAAAAAUAAAAUGGAGGCUAAGGAUGGCACUGGGUACAAGAAUGUCCGUGAAAUAUAUGCUGAUGUUAGAUUGGUUUUUAAGAAUGCAAUGAAGUACAAUGAUGAAAGAGAUGAUGUUCAUGUAAUGGCCAGAACUUUGUUGGAAAAGUUAGAAGAAAAAUGGCUGCAACUUUUGCCUAAAGUUGCUGAAGAGGAAAAAAGACAAGCAAAAGAUGACUCAGUAACACAGGAGGCUAUGAAACUAGCUCAGGAGGCUACACAUGCCAGCAUGGCUAGGGAUUUAAGCAAUGAACUUUCUGAGGUUGACUUGCAACUAGAAAAUCUCAGAGCAAUGGUAGUUCAGAAAUGCAGAAAAAUGUCUGUUGAAGAUAAAAAGAAGCUGGGGGCGGCUCUCACUCAACUGUCUCCAGAAGAUCUGACUAGGGCACUGGAGAUUGUUGCUGAUGAUAAUCCAAGCUUUCAAGCGACAGCUCAAGAAGUGAACCUUGACAUGGACAUUCAGAGUGAAUUGACAUUAUGGAGGUUAAGAGUUUUUGUGAAUGAUGCAUUGAAAGUCAUGGGGAGGAAGUCCGGUGGCAUGGAUGGCAACAAGGACAACGUCAAUGCUAAUAACAAGAAGAGCAAGAAUACCAUUGCCACUGCUGCUGCCACCGCCAACAACAACAACAAUAAACGAAGAAGAGAUAUUUCUGAUGCUAUUACCGGCACAUCCACUAAGAAGACUAGGAGGAUCUCCCUCAUUUCAUGACCGUUCGGUCAUGAAAGUACAGUAUUUACUAAGUUUUUCUUUGGUUAUACUUAAUGUGAAGUUAUACUUAAUGUGAAGUUGACACUAGGUGUUGGUUUCUCAGGACCUCGAAAAGCUACGACUCCUUUCUUAUAGCAAGAGCAUUUAACUUAUGAGUGGAGAUAUAUAAGGCCAAUCCUCUAGACCUAGUUUCUCACUAUUCUAACUGUACAGCAGUAUCACUUUCCGCGAUUUUGAUACAUUUAUAUAUUCUUUUAGUUCAUCAGAGCUAUUAUAGUAGCAUAUAUUCAUGACUAUAUAUUGAUCAUUACUGUUUGAUCAUCUUUUGCUGGUGUGGGAAAAUGUUAUAAGAUCCAAAAAUAUUUAUUUUCAGCUGUUUUUUUAAA